GACGAGGCCGCGGCUGCAAGCGGCGAUGUCAACCCUCCACUGGUCUCACAGUGCCCCGCCGAAGGCCCGGCAGUUGGCCCGUUGGUCUCCUCAUCUCUUGGGUGCGCUGCUAGCGAUGCCGCCCGCACGCCGCUCCCAGAAACACCCCCUCUCUGCACAGACGCGCGCGGCACACAAGCAGGAACCGCGCAUGGGCGUCGGAGACGGUUUUGGCACCGGCAGCGCUUCUACACACGAUGGGCCUGCCCACUCUCAGGGCAAUCUGACUCGCGGUGCCAGCCGGGCCAUGAAGUUGCCAAGUGAAUUCAGUACAGUAGCAUACCGUAGAAACAUCUGCCCAGAGCAAAAUGGAGCUCGUGUCAGGCCUCGCGCUUGCGGGUGUCGCGCUGUUUAUCCUGGGCUUCAUUUGGGCCGGGUUCAACCCGAUCGAGCGCUACCUGAGUCCGCUGCGACGCUUCCCUGGCCCCGCGCCGCUCCCCUUCCUUGGCAACCUGGUGUCCGUCGCGACCCGCGACCUGACUGCCUACCUGGCGGACUGCAGGCAGGCGUACGGCGGCGUGUUCAAGAUCUGGUUGGGCAACCAGCCAUGGGUGUGCGUGGCAGACCCCGACCUCAUCAGGCGUGUGGCGUACCGCGUGCUGAGCCGCCCCUUCAGCCACACCGACUCCAUACACCUGCUGGCCGGCGAGCAGUGGGAGGUGGACUGCAACACGCUCGUGUUCCUCAAGAACGGUCCCACCUGGCGGCUGGCGCGACGUGCCUUUGAGUCGUCCAUCAUCCACCCGCAGAGCCUGGCCGGCCACCUGCCGGCCGUGUGGCGCUGUGUCCGCCGCUACACGCCGCGACUGGAGCGGCACGCCGCCACAGGCGAGCCGCUGGAUCUCAGCAGCGACCUGGCGGACCUGACACUGGCGGUGGUGGGCGAGGCCGCGUACGGGGUUGACUUCCGCACCACAGACGAGCAGCAGGACGGCGGCCGGCCCGCCGACCCCUCCGCCCCCGGGCCGGCGCUGGUGGCGGCGGUGCGCGAGUGCUUCGACUGCCUCGACGUCAACAAGACCACGAUGUACGGCCCGCUCAAGAUGAUCUGGCCGGGCCUGACGCCGCUGUGGCGCUGGAUGGCGAAGCACCUGCCGGACGCCGCGCAGACCCGCCACAUGCGGGUUCGCCAGAAGGUCGCUGACGUCAGCCGGCAGCUGAUGGCGCAGUGGCAGGCCGCCAAGGCCAAGACCGCCGCCGCCGCCGACACCGCAGGGGCAACCGCGGCGAGUGGCGCCGGCGCUGAGGCGGGUGCUGGUGUUGGUGUUGGUGCUGGGGCACAGGCGAAGCCGGGAGGGGGUGGUGCCGUGCAGGCGUUUGUGGAGGUGGGCGGCGGCAUCAGCUCCAGCAGCUUCAUGGCCAGCCUGCUGGAGGGCCGGCGGGGCGCGGCCAAGGAGGAGGAGCGCCUGACCGACCUGCAGAUCGUGGCCCAGUGCCUGACGUUCCUGCUGGCGGGCUUCGAGACCACCGCCGCCACCAUCUCCUUCACAGCCUUCUGUCUGGCCACACACCCCGAGGCACAGGCGCGGCUGCUGGCCGAGGUGGACGAACACUUUGCCCGGCAGGCGGCGGCGGAGCAGCAGCAGCAGGGGCAGCAGCAGCGGGAGGGCGAUGACGCGUUGCCCGAGCUGCCCUACCUGGACGCGGUGCUGAAGGAGUCCAUGCGCCUGUACCCGGCCGGCAGCGCGCUCAUCCGCAAGAGCCCCCAGCCGCUGGACCUGGGGCGCGAUGGACUGGUGAUCCCGGGGAACACGUUCGUGUGCCUAGCCACGCACGCGGUGAUGCACGACCCCGCCAUUUGGCCCGAGCCCGAGGCGUUCAGGCCCGAGCGCUUCCUGCCCGAGGGCAGCAGCAGCCUGGGGCCCAUGGUGGGCGGCGCCGCCGCGUCAGCGCCGGCGGGCGGCGGUGCGGACGCCGCGGCGGCCGCCUGGGUGCCGUUCGGCAUGGGGCCGCGCAUGUGCGUGGGCAGCAAGUUUGCGACCAUGGUGUCCAAGGCUGUGCUGCUGCAGAUCUACCGCCGCUUCACCUUCGAGCUGCACCCCAAGCAGGUACUGCCGCUGCGCACGCGCACGGCGCUCACGCACGCGCCUCGUGACGGCAUCUGGGUGGUGGUCAAGGCGCGGUGAGGGGGCAGGUGGCGAGCGUGGGGGUACGGCGGUGGCCAAGGGACGAGGGACGAGGUGGCGGUGGCGGGCGGGCGGCGGGUGGUAGUACAUACAUGCGCCGGCGGCGCCCGGCAGCCUGCCAGCCUAGGACACUGGCAGUAACUGUAGGCGCUGCUGUUGGGCUGCCCGCUGGUCGCGACAAAUGGCAAGCGGGAUGCCGUGGCUUGCCGGCCGGUCAGCGCUACACAUCAGUGACAUCACAUCACAUGUUGUAGUGCGGUGGUGCUUGCUGCGGCAUCCCAAGGUUUCUUGGUUAUUGCGUUUCUUGCAGGACGAGAGUGCAUAUAGCCUCGUAUGGGUGCAUAAUAUACCGCAUAUAGCAUAUAUGAGAGCGCGCUGUUAGGUUCGGGUGAUUCAGGUGGUCUUCGGAACGGGGCGUACUGAUUGUACCGUUGGGGCUUUGGCUCGUUUGACAUGGGAUAAGGCUGUGCAUGUUCGCCGCUCGAAGGCUUGAUUGUGAUGGCUCGAUGGUUGCAAAUAGCGACUCGUUUAUCAUGUGUGUGCUGCUUCAGAUGCAGGGGUAAUCCAGGCGAGGCGAAAGCGGGCGGGUGAUCAAGGUGGUGCGGGGGAAUGGCGUGGCCGCGUGCGGGUUGGGGCGGCUGGGCCGUGAACACGCCGGGCGCUGUGUCGCUGCGUACUGUGUGCGGGCGGGGCAGGCGGGGUGACGUCGCGAUGGUGUGUUGGAGUGCGCAUAGCGCACGCGUAGGGGGGCUGGUGUCGCCCAUUCGUCCAGCGUUAGAUAGACGGGUUGUGAGGACGUACCGCACGUAGCAGAGUAACAUGGAGCGCGGCGCGCUGUGUUUGCGAUCAGGUGUUGGCCGGGUCACACUGUAAUUGGGCUAGGAG